CCAAAUAUUAAAAGUUAUUCGAAUUAUAUUUAUAUUGAGACGAAGCACAAAAUCCCAUUGUUCACGUAACCCUAACAGGCGGCCACACCGCCCUCGACAUUAGGGUUUAUCUUCUCUUCUCCGUUAUACUCCUCUGUGAAUUAUUGAUUUAGUUUGGAGGCACAAUGAGAUUGGAAAAGUGUUGGUUUUGUUCUUCUACUGUAUACCCUGGACACGGAAUCCAGUUUGUUCGUAAUGAUGCUAAGAUUUUUCGAUUUUGUAGAUCAAAGUGCCACAAGAACUUUAAAAUGAAGAGGAACCCUCGGAAAGUAAAAUGGACCAAGGCAUAUAGGCGGGUGCAUGGAAAGGAUAUGACACAGGAUUCAACCUUUGAGUUUGAGAGAAAGCGCAACAGGCCUGAGAGAUAUGACAGGAAUCUUGCUGAUAAUGUCCUCAAGGCCAUUCCAAAGAUUGAUAAGAUCAGAGGCGCCAGGGAGGAGAGUCACCACAUGAAUAGGAUGAAAGGAAAGAAACAGAAGCUGGGGAAGGAAGCAACUAGGGAGUUGGAGCAGAGCAUUCAUAUGAUCAAAGCUCCUUCUGUGUUUGAAAAGGACCCGACUCUCACUCUAGUUACUACGGUUUCCAAACAACAAUCAGAGAGCAAUCCUGCCAUGGAAGAGUGAUAAUAUCAGUGUUGCACCCCUUGAUGUUGGCCCAACUUACAAGUUGAUUUGUUGACCAUCAGUGAUGUGAAUGAUGAAAUUUUGAAACAGAGUUUUCUCAUUUGAGAAUGUGUUUGUGAUGUUGUUUUUGGAUAAUAUUUAAUGAUUAAUGAGAUUAGUGAACUUAUUAUAUAUCAA